AUGUCAUCAGCGGCCAUAUCGUCCUCCAACCCAGCUCGUGAACCAGGCUAUUCCGAGAAAGAUUGUCUAUCGUGUCGUAUAAUAGGCGCAUCAGCGUUCAUAGGAUUGGGUGGCUACGCCAUCAUGCAAGCAAAGAAACAGAAUGCAUUUGCGAGGGUUAGACCUGCAGGUGGUCCAAUGAUAGCUCCGAAAGUGACAGGUAUACUGGGUACAGUGUUUAUAGGCUUGGGGAUAGGGAGAUUGUUCAUGCCUCCGACAAGAGCUUAG